AUGCAGCUGACAGUACUGGAUCUUCUUGGCGUACCAAAACUAGACCUAGGCAGGUCCGACAGAAACGAGCAGAGCACAUCGGAGGCAGAGCAACAUAGUGACGAAAACUCACCUGAAAUAGUGUCGAUUCAUGGAAAGCUUGGACUCGGGAAGACGCCGCUUGCAAGAAAGGAUUACAACAAGAAAGAAGUGCUUAUUAGUGUACUGAGUGCCUUCAUCAAGGACAUUAGGGAUCAUAACAUGUCUGUGAAGGAUUUAGUUGCCAAGGUCCGAGAGACACUGAAGUACGAGUAUUUGAUUGUCAUGGACGAUGUUGGGGACACAAAAGCAUGGGAAGAUCUCAAGGAUGCUUUUCCAGAUUAUAGCAAGGGCAGUAGGGUGUUGAUAAUUACUCCACAAGUGUCUGUGGCCCAGCGUGCUGCAACAAAGACUGAUCCCUAUCCAUUGCGAUUUAUGAAGCAAGAAGAAGCUGAAGAAUUACUGAGGACGAAGAUUUUCAAUGAAAAUGAAUGUCCACAGAAGCUGUGA